UUCUUCUCAUGUCGACUCUGGUCAGCUGCUGGAAGUUCAAUUUACAUUAAAAUCUGAAUUUGUGAAGUUCUGCUUACGAUCUCACACAUGAUUUGGAAGCAACAUCACGCAUUUGUCAUGACUGCACGUCACUGACGGGUUAUUACUUGGUUGUAGGUAUUUUAUAAGGAGAAGGCGGUUUAACUUCUCCACCAGAGAGACCCAUUGUGCGUCACGACUGUAGACUUUUCCGGUAACGUUACUUCACACUUGAAUCAUGUCGUUUCGGAGGGCUUUUCGGUUGGCAUGCGGGUUCGCGGGGGGAUCCGCGGUGCUGGUGUGCGCGGCGGUCGCGGCAGACACGCACGGAUUUUUUGGAGAGCGCUACCGAUUCAGACAGACUCCCGUUGUCGUGAGUGCAGCUCAGCCCUCGGCAUGGCCCAGUGUGAGCGGUUGGGAUACUAAUUGGGAUAAACGUGACCCUUCCUCCAUGGUGAACGGGAAGAGAAAGGAGAGCGCUGGUGACAAUGGAAGUCCAGACGUGGAGAACAACAAACCCAAAGCCACACGCCACAUAUUCCUCAUCCGACACUCUCAGUACAACCUCAGUGGGAAUGGAGACAAAGAAAGAGUUCUCACUCCUUUAGGCCGUGAACAGGCUGAGUUCACAGGACAGAGGUUAGCAUCACUGGGACUGGAAUAUGACGUGCUUAUCCACUCCUCUAUGACCAGAGCUACAGAGACGGCCAACAUCAUCAGCAAAUACCUACCAGGCGUGGAGCUCAUAAGUUGUGAUUUACUGAGAGAGGGUGCACCCAUAGAGCCAGUGCCACCUAUCACCAACUGGAAACCUGAGGCUGUGCAGUACCACGAGGAUGGCGCGCGGAUCGAGGCGGCGUUCCGUCGGUACAUCCACAGAGCUGACGCCAAGCAGAAGGAAGAUAGCUAUGAGAUUGUCGUCUGUCACGCUAAUGUCAUCCGCUAUUUUGUGUGCAGGGCUUUGCAGUUUCCUCCAGAGGGUUGGCUGAGGUUGGGCCUGAACAAUGGCAGCAUCACGUGGCUCACGAUUCGCCCUAGCGGGCGAGUUUCUCUCAGAGCUCUUGGAGACUCCGGGUUCAUGCCUCCAGAUAAACUCACCCGGACUUGACCUACGUGACCUCAAUACAGUGGACAACCGCUGUUAGAGUUGGAAUGUUUUGAAUUUCUCAAAAUGAUCUGCUUAAAUGUGUCCCCAAAAGCUUGUUUCUUUUUAGAGUCAUGAAGUUCAAGAAGUGGAAUUCUAGAAUGUGACGUCAAGUUCAUCGCCAAAUUAUAGCAAAUUCAUAAAUAAUCACACAAUGAUGGAAAAUUUCUGUCAUUUUCAUUCUGGCAUCUGUUGCUAUCGAGUUCAGUUUUCCAUGAGUGUAAUUAUAUUGUAAUUAAUUAUGUUUCUUUAUUUUAAUCAAGCAAGAGAAGAGAUGAAGAGUUUGGUUCCAAAAUGAGAUAAACAUUUUUUUUUUUUUAUUGUUUUUGUCCAUUCCAAUUAAUAAAAAUCCAACUGCAGUUGGUUUGUUCCGAUUUAAGCCAUAACUACAAAAAAUACAGCUAACUAACACAUAAAAACAUGAUAAUUGAAAUUUGUUUAAAACAGAGUUUUCUCAUUUUGAAACCAAACUCUUCGGAUAUUGAUAUUUCUUCUGUUUGACGUGAACACUCCUGUGCCAUGCUGCAUCAACUGUAACCGUGAUGGGAAUACGGUGUUAGCCACCAAGUGUACUUUUGUUUAUAACACUUCUAAAAGCCUUGUGGGAUCUGUUGCAGUUAAUGCCUUAAGCACUCAAUUAUUUUAAUGUUUUUAAAGGAAAGAUGUGAGAAUCCUUAAAGAUGAAGAAGAUUAAAGCUGACUGGUAACGUUCGUGAGUUGAUUGUGCAUUUUGACAUUUGUGGCAGUAAAAUUUCUUCUUUGAGUGUUUGUCGCCAGACUAUUUACAUAUAAUAAAGUGUUUUUGCAUUAA